AGAGGGUCCUUUUCUUGGUUUGCUCUGCUGCAGACUGCCCUUUAAAAUAAGGCCAGGAAAGGCAGUUGUAGCUUACUACAGUACAGCCAUUUUAGGGCUGCAGCUAGUGCUGUGUUGCUGCCUUUCUCCAGCUGGCAUUGAAGGAUGUGUCUUUUUGGCUACUGCUCUGCUGGAGCUGAAACUUUCCCAAAACUCACAGCUAAGCAGUUCAGUGUGUGUUGCACAGGACAGCUGCAGAAUUCCAAUUACUGCAAUGAUGACCCUCUCUUGCAGUUCCCACUGGGUGUCAUAAACUCCAUGACUACUUCCAAGAAACGUGAAGAGCUCCCUGGUGUGCAGAAAGUCCUAACGAUGCAAAAUACUGAUGACCCUCACUCUUACACCCUGGCAGCGGCAGACCCACAUCACAUGGCAAAAAGGGUUGCUGAGCUGGAAGAUGCACAUCUAAGAUGGAAACUUCUGCUUCACCUGCUGCUGGGAAAAAAGAAGGGAAAGGUGCAGUUCUGGAGGGGAAUGGCUUUACGGAGACGGGGAAGAAACCCACUCCUUUAGCAGCUACAGGAGCAGCAGUGGCACAAGGAGUACCGCAGCACAUUUUUCCGGCCUUCCACGCUCCUUUGCCAAUUGACAUGCGUCACCAGGAAGGACGAUACCAUUACGAACCUCACUCUAUCCACGCUAUCCACGGGCCUCCUCCUCUAAGUGGCAGCCCUGUCAUCUCUGACAUCUCCCUCAUCCGGCUGUCUCCACACCCCCCUGGGCCCGGCGAGUCACCCUUCAGCCCACCACACCCCUACGUGGCACCCCACAUGGAGCACUACCUCCGCUCUGUCCACGGCAGCCCCACGCUCUCCGUCAUCUCUGCUGCCAGGGGCCUCAGCCCUGCCGAUGCAGUGGCUCAUGAGCACCUGAAGGAGCGAGGUCUCUUCGGGCUGCCACCACCACCACCAGGAGCCAACCCCACGGACUACUACCACCAAAUGACACUGAUGGCUGGCCAUCCAAACCCCUAUGGGGACCUUCUGAUGCAGAGCGGGGGAGCAGCCAGCACGGCCCACCUCCAUGAUUACCUCAGCCCUGUUGAUGUAUCUCGAUUCUCAAGCCCUCGAGUGACUCCAAGAUUAAGCCGAAAACGAGCCCUGUCUAUCUCCCCACUGUCCGAUGCCAGCAUUGAUCUCCAGACGAUGAUCAGGACCUCUCCAAAUUCUCUCGUGGCAUAUAUCAACAACUCAAGAAGCAGUUCAGCAGCAAGUGGCUCCUACGGCCAUUUAUCUGCCGGGACAAUCAGUCCAGCAUUCAGCUUCCCCCACCCCAUUAAUCCCGUGACAUACCAGCAGAUCCUGACCCAGCAGAGAGGCCUGAGCUCAGCCUUCGGACACACUCCUCCUCUGAUCCAGCCAUCCCCGACCUUCCCUCCACGGCAGCACAUGGCAGUCCUCUCUGUUAACCCACCACCAACACAGAUCAGCAGCAACAGCAACUGCAUCGCCGACUCCAACCAGAGCAAGCAGAGCAGUGAGUCGGCCGUGAGCAGUACAGUCAAUCCAGUAAUAAACAAGCGCAGCAAAGUCAAGACUGAAGCCGAGGGUUUGCCCCCAGCAUCCCCAAACACACAGGAGCAUCUGACAGACCUGAAAGAAGAUCUAGAUAAGGAUGAAUGCAAACAGGAGCCUGAGGUUAUUUAUGAGACAAACUGUCACUGGGAAGGGUGCACAAAGGAAUAUGACACUCAGGAGCAGCUCGUCCAUCACAUCAACAAUGAUCACAUCCAUGGGGAGAAGAAGGAGUUCGUCUGCCGCUGGCAGGACUGCACACGGGAGCAGAAGCCCUUCAAGGCUCAGUACAUGCUGGUGGUGCACAUGCGGAGGCAUACUGGAGAGAAGCCACACAAGUGUACGUUUGAGGGUUGCUCCAAAGCCUAUUCCCGCCUGGAGAACUUAAAGACACACCUGAGGUCCCACACUGGUGAAAAACCCUAUGUCUGUGAACACGAAGGCUGCAAUAAAGCCUUUUCCAAUGCCUCGGACAGAGCCAAGCACCAGAACAGGACACAUUCCAAUGAGAAACCCUACGUCUGUAAAAUCCCUGGCUGCACAAAGCGGUACACGGACCCUAGCUCCCUCAGGAAACACGUCAAGACGGUGCACGGGCCUGAUGCCCACGUAACGAAGAAGCAGCGCAACGACGUCCAUCCGAGGCCACCUCCGCUCAAGGAAAAUGGGGACAACGAGGCAAGCGCCAAGCAGAGCAGCAAGGUUUCAGAGGAGAGCUCUGAGGCCAACAGCACCACAAGGAGCAUGGAGGAUUGCUUACAAGUCAAAACAAUAAAAACGGAGAAUUCUGUGAUGUGUCAGUCCAGUCCUGGUGGCCAGUCAUCGUGCAGCAGUGAGCCAUCACCCCUUGGCAGCACCAACAACAAUGACAGUGGAGUAGAAAUGAACAUGCACAGUGGGGGAAGUCUGGGAGAUCUGACAGUGUUAGAUGACAACACUCCUGUUGUGGACUCAACGGUCUCCUCCGGUAAUUCAACAGUCAGCCUGCAGCUAAGGAAACACAUGACAACAAUGCAACGACUUGAACAGCUCAAGAAAGAGAAACUCAAGACAGUUAAGGAUUCCUGCUCAUGGGUGAACCCAGCUCCACAAGCCAGAAACACCAAGCUGCCUCCCAUCUCAGGAAACGGCUCUAUGCUAGAAAACAGUGGUGGUUCUUCUGCUACGUUGCCUAAUCCCAGAAUAAUGGAGCUAUCUGUCAAUGAGGUUACGAUGCUGAACCAACUCAAUGAGCGCCGUGAUAGUACAACAAGCACCAUCAGCUCCGCCUACACCGUUAGCCGUAGAUCAUCGGGGAUCUCCCCAUACUUCUCCAGCCGUCGUUCCAGCGAGGCUUCGCAGCUUGGGCACCGGCCCAAUAACAUGAGCUCUGCUGACUCCUAUGACCCAAUUUCGACUGACGCCUCUCGUCGGUCAAGUGAGGCGAGCCAGUGCAGUGGCAUGCCAGGUCUGCUGAACCUCACACCAGCUCAGCACUACAGGCUGAAAGCCAAGUAUGCUGCUGCCACGGGGGGCCCUCCUCCGACUCCCCUUCCAAACAUGGAGAGGAUGACCCUGAAGAAUAGGAUCUCACUUAUGGAUGGACCAGAUCCUACCUUGCCCUCCAUCCGUCUCCUGCCAGGACCGAGGCGUUGCAGUGAUGGCAACACCUAUGGCUACCCGACAGCCCCAUCAUUUCCUCAUGAGGUGACAGGCAACUGCACAAGACGGGCAAGUGACCCAGUAAGGAGGCCUGCUGGAGAUCCUCAGGUCUUGCCACGAGUUCACCGCUUCAACAGCACCAACAGCAUGAACCCCUUCCAUCAGCCGCACCCUGUGGACAGGAGGAAUUUUGGCCUCCAGAGCUAUGGGCGCUCAGAUGGGAGCCUGCCCCGCCACACAUACUCACCUCGGCCGCUGAGCAUCAGUGAAAAUGUCACCAUGGAAGCCAUGUCUGGGGAAGCAGAGGCACCUAUUGGAGAUGAUGACAUUGUGCUGCCAGAUGAUGUGGUGCAGUACAUCAAAUCCCAGAGCAGUGGGACGGUGGCUGAGACCACUUCCAUGGGAUACAGCAACGAAAUGCAAAGCUUCCAGGGAAGUGGGAAACUGCAGGCUCCAGCCUUGCCUGGCCAGCGCAGGAUGGCAGUGGCCGAUGCAAGCAUGAGCCACCUGGGACCCAUGAUGGCAGAGUGUCCCAUGAGCUUUGAUGCUUCCUCUGACAUGAAUAAAAAUAACAUGCCUGUCCAGUGGAAUGAAGUUAGCUCAGGUACAGUUGAUAUCAUGUCCAAUCAGUCGAAGCAGCAGUAUUCACAGGGGAACUUAUCAGUGGUCCAGCAGAAGCAGAACUUUGGUCAGUACCAGAACUACAACCAGCAGCAGAUGCAGCUGCAGGAGAACAGUAUGAACGUAACACAGCAGACCUUUAUGCAAAGAAACAUAGGCAUGGAUGGGCAAAGGCUGAAUUGCAUGCAGCUGCGGCAGCAGCCAAUGAGCCUAGGCCCCAGUGUGAACCCAGGCCCCAGUAUGAACCCUGAUCUGGACUUGCACACAGGCUAUAACCAACCUCAUCAGAUGCUGAGCCCCAGUGCAAUCAGUGGCAACCCAAAUCAGAUUUCUCCUUCAUGCAGCAGUAUGGCAGCAAAGUCUGGACCCCACCUUCACCCUCAACAAAUGGACAUGACAACCGACCCUUCCUUAAUGGUCAGCAGCAACGGUGAGCGCACGAUGCUGGGCCAGGUCAUGCACGAUCCAAGUCAGCAGAACUACUCAUCUCAGCCAACCCACUUGAAUUUCCCCAUGGCUCAGGAGGCUUUUCAGCAGCCUAUCAUGACCUCUAACCAGACUAACUUUGAGCCUCAGCAGAGCAUGAUGGGCUCAGCUACACAGGCAUAUCCUUCUGGCAUAGUCCAGCCUCGUCCUCCACCUGAACCAAGUCCAGCCAGCAGACCCCGAGGCCUCCGCACAGUCCAGCAGCUGGGCUACAUGAGAACUCCCCACUCUACAAACACCAUCAGCUCAGGCCAGGAGGCUGCAGAGGCCAUGCAUAAAAGAACCAGCGACAUGUUGCCAGCACCAGUCCAGCAGUGCGUAGAUGGCACGAGGGAAAACAAUUUGAUGUACUAUUACGGUCAGAUCCACAUGUAUGAACAGAACAGCAGCGUCGAUAACCAUGCAGAUUGCCGAGUCAGGCAGCAGCAGUGCGUGCUGAACAGCAAGCCGUCCACUCUGCCAUCCCCAGGCGCCAACCAGGUGUCCAGCACGGUGGACUCACAAGGUCUUGAGCCACCCCAGAUAGAUUUUGAUGCCAUCAUGGACGAUGGGGACCAUUCGAGCCUGAUGUCAGGAACCCUGAGCCCCAGUAUCCUGCAGAACCUCUCCCAGAACUCCUCUCGCCUGACGACUCCACGAAACUCUGUGACACUGCCCAGCAUACCCACAGGAAUCAGUAACAUGGCAAUAGGUGAUAUGAGCUCCAUGCUAACCACACUGGCAGAAGAGAGUAAAUUUCUGAAUAUGAUGUCAUAACACUAAAGCACAAGGCCUUAGCGCUACCCAAGGGGCUCUGCAUGAAGCAGUUUUAUGAAUGUGCUUUUCAAAAAUAAUCUUUCACUAGAGUAGAUUUUUUUUUAUUAAGUAUUAAAUACAUUAAAGGGAUUCAAAAUGGAAAUUUUACAAAGCCUAUGUACAGAAUCAUGUAAACUAUACCCAGGCAGUUCAGCACCACAAAGGCACACCCCUAGUUAUUAUUUUCCAGCUUGGUUCCCCAGAGCACUGAACAGUUUCAUCGCCGAGCUAGAAGACGACAUGAGCGUGGUUAGAGAUUAAACCCUCCCUCCCCAGCAGCCCUGUAAAUAGCACUCCCCACCAUUUUCUGUUGGUUACAUUUGCAAAAAUUUCCACUUUCAACCUGCCCCAGAAAGAAACAGGAGGGUGUGGUUUUGAUCUGAAUAAAAGCCAUACUAUGUGUUCUGCUCUGAUCAGAGUAGGGUUUAGUUACGUCUCCAAACAAGCCCUCUGCCAGCAGUAUUGUUUUAUAUCGUAAAUACCUUUUAUACCUUGCAAAGAUUAUUGAUUCCAAACAGCUUCUCAGCAAAGUGCCUUACCAUGCUUUCGUGUUCGGUAGCCAAGACCUCUCUUCCUUUAAAAAUCAACUAUAGUGCAUUGCCAGAAGCGUAUAUAAAAUGUACACUUAUAAAAACAUAGUGGUGUUUCUGAGAAAACAUUGGAAAGACACAUUGAUGAGACACAUAAAAGGUGAAUGCACACUUUGAUCAGAUGUGUUUACAACAUGGUUUAUAUCAUGUGCAGAGUGGAGUAGAGGCCUGGGAACAGCAAUCACUGGGAAAUAGUCCCCCGUGGCAGGAAGGCUCCAGCAUGCAGACUGACACAACGCACCUAACUUUGUGCCCUCUGAGCGCAGUGACUUUCUGCAAGAGCCCUACGUGGAUCUUUCCUGUCAGAUCUUUGAAGCACACAUUACCAAUUCCCUGUGCAGCUCUGCAACAGCUUCUCUUUCUCUUGGGUUUUCCAUGCUGAGGUGCUCACAUACGAAAGUAAUAGUGGUGAAGGGAGUUUCACAAUCGUUUCAUCCUGAUUUGCAUUGUGCCAGAGUUGUAGGAGCUGAUUUAUCUGAUGAGAGUUUGUCUUCAUGCAAGGCUCUGCCUGGACUCCAUGCACACAAAAGGGGUGUGGCUGCACUGAUGGGAGGACAAGCAUGGGCUAAUACCCCUCACUCCAGAGAGAGGCUUGUUGAUAGGCACACAGUGUUACAUUAAUGUGGCCCACAGCCUUGGUCAGCAUGAAAAGAACUGUUUUAUUCCACAAAAUAUACCAUGGGCAACUAAGGGCAGUGAUUUGGCUAGUGCUUUGUGCUGUAGUAUAGAGCUAACUCUUUGUACCCAGCCUGAUUCAGUUCAGCACUGCACCUGCAAUCUAGAUCAUCUCAAAAUAGGUAUGAGUCAAAAUAGUCAGUCAGUGAGAAUCUGUUGGAAAAGUCCUUUGAGGAAGAGGUUGGAGGAGAAGGGCUUCCCAAAGCCCGAACCUCCGCUCAAAUAUAACUGUUUGUAGUAAUGAUCAGCUGUUUCCAGGCCAUCUCCACCUGGCAUUGAAGUAAAUCUUGGUUGCAUUAUUUGUUUUUGCUGUUGUUAGACAAAAGGGUGGAAGUGGUGGGUUACACCUACUUUGGAAGGAGGCCUUAGCUUCUGCUUAACUUCUGACAGUGUUGGACAAGGACAGCUCUCUUCUUCCUGCUCUCGUAGCAUCAAAUACUUUGUAUGUUGAAGGGCAGAGGAUAAGUGCGUUAUAACCCCCAAACAGAUUCUCAGUUUUACCAGACAAGCAUCUGCAGAGCUUCACUCGCUUCUCAUUGCCUCUCUCCCCUCAUAUCGAUGUGAUGUUCUCACUUGCAUCUGCCUCCGCCCCCUACAUGGGACAGGGACAGCUUUAGCAAGGUGCUUUCUUGUGUCUCUGCUGUUUUUUAUUUGCACAAACUGACAUCAGGCUUACUGUUCCCAGCAUGACCAGGGGCUGGCAUGAAAAUGUUAUAUGUUACCUCCACUCAAACUUUGGAAAUACCAGAUAGACCAGCAACCAUGCAUGGCAGAAGGGCUGGGACAGUAUCACUGCCAGGUAGCCCUGCCUACAGCUCAGCAUCCUGGAACCUCACUCAUCCUCAUUCCAAGUGCAGAGGGUGCCUACAGAAUGCUCUCACUCCCACCUUUCACCUCUCAAGGGCCCUGUGAAUCCUGCUGAUGUCCAGGGUGCAUGAGGAAAGGAAAGCAAAGGAAGGUGCCUGGCUGUUUAUUUGUGUCUCCCGUGAAAGUUGUGUUUAAAGGGAUUGUUUUAUAGUCCACUGUAUAUAUUCUUCUGCAGUUACUGACCUUGCUCUUGCCUUUGCAUAUAUGAAAAGAGGGCAGUACAUAUUUUAGGACAUUAUGUAUUGUACUGGACGCUUGGAGUACAACUGGGCAUCCCAUGUGCCAAAUGGAUCAGGCUUUUGUGUGUCCUUCAACUGCUAAUCUGAUUUUUCAACAGCUGCAUAGGACAACGAUGGCCACUGAUGUCCUCUUCACAAAUGAUAUCAUUAGCACAAGAUCACAUACAAAAGCAAAACCAAAUUGCCAAUGACUUGAGAUUUCUCAGACCUUCCAGUGGUGGUCUUCCUUCAUUAACUGAAAAAGAACUGUAUAUAUUAUGUAUAGAAGACAUCAUUACUAAAAGUACUGUAGGUGAAUUGUUCUGUCAAAUUUAUACCCUAAGAACAUUUUUAGCUGUUUUCUACAUCAUAAGAAUGGAGGUAACGUGCUGAACCUGUAUAUAAACCUUUUGUACAUUAAAAAGUAAUUUUUUUCAUAA